AUGCGCACGCGCGAUGGUGCCCCAUCUUCAAUCUGUGUGGCUUGUUCUGACGCCCCGCCCUAUCACCGGAUCUCCGCGGCACGUUCGGCGCUCUUGAUUCUUGACCGCUGCCUCGCCACUGUCAUUCUUGCUUUUGCCAAGCCAAGUGAAAGGCAACUCGACUUUCUUCCGGACUUGAACCUUAUCGACCAUGAACCUGAAAGCCACCACGUUCCUGAUCAUGGCGGCGAUGAUCGCCGCCUCGGAUGUGGACUCGUAUCCAUGCGAUGGGCCUAA